AGAGCUGUGGAAAAGUUACUUGCAAAAGCGGGGGAUAUUCUGAAUGUUGCCAAAAGCGAUGGUUUCACAACUCUUCAUAUUGCUGCAAUAAAUGAUCAUCGUGAAAUAGCCAAGCUUCUCUUGCUACAGGUAAAUGCAGGUUGAAAAGAGGAUUGUUCCAUCAGCGUAAGAGCGUCCCCGACUAGUUGUAUCAGCCGUAUGCGCAAUUUCCUGGGUCUCCUGUGGCCCAACAUUUCAACUCCACUGGCCACAGUAUUUCUGAUGUCCAGGUGCGUGGUGUGGCAUUAUGCACUGUUACUAACAUUCAGCGAAGGCAACGUGAGAUGCAGUUGAUUUUUCAAAUAGGCACCGUUCAGCCGAAAGGACCGAAUAUCAAUUUCAGUUUCAUUUGAAUUGGGACGUUAUAUACAUCCUGCGUGCGCAAUUACGCGUGCGCGUGCUUCGAACAUUUUUAUGAUGUCUAUGAUAUUGCGUGGUACUGUACAACGGUUUUUUCUCACACCGAAGAAGGGUCAUAAACCCGAAACGUUUGUGUUUUUUGAAAACAUUUGACACUUUUCGAUAUUUCUUUUCCGAGUAUCACCUUAUCAGCUGCUAUGCAAUUUGUAGCUUGCGUAGGCCAAUGCGCAUGCGUAAAAGGGAAGGAGAAGGGUACAGGAAGAGGCAAACUGACCUUUCAGCUAUAAAAAGAAAUGCAGAAGUGCAGGACGCAGGAUCGUUUGCCCUAAGGUUGCAAUACCCGCAUGGAUAGAUUAGCUUUUAACCUGAUUGUACAUGCGGCCCAGUGCUGUUUGUUAUAUUUUGCACUUAUGAUAUUAUAAGUAAACUUUCAAAAAAAAAAACUUGGGAGUGAAUGUUGCAUUUUGCUCUGACAUUUUCAGUUUUCUUUAUCAGCCAGGAUGCCGUGUCGAUGCUCCGACUGAGGAAAAUCAGACACCGCUUCAUUUAGCAGCAAGUGAAGGUUACUCAGUCAUGUGCGAAAUUCUCCUGGACUAUGGCGCAUGCGUCAAUGCAAAGGACAAAGACAAUGAUACACCGCUGCAUAUCACCCUGGCAAAGGAAACAAUCUUCAAAGGCAGCAUCGGUCAACUGGUGAGUUGAUCAGCUCGUAACUGAGCGCGAUAGAGGGUUAAGUUUCAAACGGCUCAAGGCCUUUUUUCGUCUCGUCGACAAUACGUAAGUCUGCGCUAACACAGGAAACAGCUUUACUUUUGAUAGGUUGAGAAGGGCGCGCCAAAUAUAUAAUAUAGUCUCAGACAGGCUUUCAGUCAAAUAAAAUAUUAUUAUCUUUAUUUUCACAGUCUGCGCUUCGCUUGCUAUUAAGGGGAAGAAACAGUGUAAGUUAUGCGGCCGUCUCACGUUGUUUGUUAAGCUAUGGUGCCGAUGUGCUUCAAGCGAAUAAGAAUGGAGAAACACCACUGGACAGAUGUGAUGGAACAGAAGUCGAACAACUUAUCCGUGAAAUCGCAAACUCGGCAGGGUACCGUUUGUUUUAUUUUGUUUCAAUUUAGCUUUUAUGAUAGAUUUUACUUUGUUUUCAUUCAUUCAUUCGUCCAUUCAUUUAUUCUUUACUUAAUAUUUAUUAAUUUAUUUAUUUUAUUUCGUAGUAAAGUCAAGCUCUUCAUAGGUAAUGUUACCACAAACAGCGGCGACUGACUGAAAUUUUAAUUAGUGGCAAGCCAUAAUUGGGGAUCUUCUUUUAAAAGCUCAGUAGAGUUUGCUAAGAUCUCCGGUGAAUGAAUGUACUUUUAUCAAAGUAAGAUAUUGUUGCAAAAGAUGGGCGUAAUAAAGGCUGCAGAUUCCUGAAAAAGUAAUUAUAAUACAUAAGUAUACUACUUAUUAACCUCGUCCUUUCAGUUAAUACAUCAAGGCCGAGGUAAUGAUCGAACGGGCGAGGUUUCCAAGUUAUUUGUUAUAUGGCCUUUGUCAUUAUGGACCUGAGCCUGCGAUCAGCCGGUCAGUGGAUAACUUUAAAAUUCACGUUACCACCUCAAUGAGUUGUACGCUUAGGCCCGAUGACGCUGGUCAGGGAUACCCUUUUUGACAGCUGUCAAUUGACCAUAAGGAUGUUUACUAUCAAGUUCAACACAGAUUGUAUAUGCCUCGGACACCCAGCCAGUAAUGUCAGGUUAUUACAAGAAAACAGCCAAUCAGAGCGCGCGUACAAUUGUAGCUAUAUAAUAAAAUGAAUUUAAUUUUAAUGACAUGCUUCUUUAAAUCUCAUGUGGACAUAGCUUCAAUUACGUCAUUUACUGCAAACAUUGUCUAAGCUUCAAAAUACAAAAAAAAAUCAAUGGCAUUCCAGCGGCAGUUUUGAACCAAGUACCACUAUAAUUUCGUAUAACUAAACUUAAGAACUUUGUUCAUUUUUUGUUUUGAAGGUCAUUGCUUGUACUGGAAGAAUUUAAAGUAAAAAGAAUUAUUACCAGGAGUGGGGUUCGAACCCACGGGGACAACACGUCCAUUGGAUCUUAAGUCCAACGCCUUAACCACUCGGCCAUCCUGGUGCUUACGUGGCGAGAGAUUACUUAUCAACUCUAACUAUCUAUGUACACGAUCAACACUGAGAGGAAUUUAAAGUAAAAAAAGAUUACCAGGAGUGGGGUUCGAACCCACGCGGACAACACGCCCAUUGGAUCUUAAGUCCAACGCCUUAACCACUCGGCCAUCCUGGUGCUUACGUAUCCCACGAUCAAGACUGAUGAGAAAACGAAGCAUUAGAUCGAAACUUUGCCAGGUUAAAAUUAUUAUAUGCCCUAGUCAUUAGGUAAUGAAUUUUAUGCUCUUUCCAGAAAUGCACAAGUUAAAAAAGUUCCAAGUUUUGGUGGCACCAAGGUUACAAACCCAGAGCAAAGCGUAUCUCAGGUCUCAAGUCACAGUGGCUCAGCGUCCACGGGGAUGGGGAUGGAGGCUCAAGGACAGGCGCCUUCAGAAAGAGAUGACCAGAACGUUUUUCAGGAUGAAGAAUCCAGUGAGACAGGCCACCAAAGCCCAGGCAGCGCAAUUCUACAAGAUGAUGAAGAUGAAGAAGUGAAUAUGCAAGAAACAGAAGAAGAAGAAGAAAAUCUGGAAAAAGAACCUCCAGAAAACAACCUUCUGGGCAAUACCAUGGAGCAAAUUCAGGUAACAAGUACAAAAUUAUUUAUACGUAUACAAAUGAAUCCUUUGAUCACAAUAAAUCCAAUUGAAGCCGGUGUGCGACAACAUAUGAUAUCAGUCUUCAAGUCUGCAGUCUGCGUUUGUCGCAUACCGAACUGAAGCAGGUUUUGCGUGGCCUUGAUUUAAAAUAUGUUUACUCUUAAGAUCGUCUGAUGGAGAGGUAGACGUAGUUAUCUUAUCCCAUGAAAGGUAAUCUAAGACAGUCAAGGAUUCUGGAUUCCACGCUAUGAAUUCCAGAUACCAGGUACUGGAUUCGGGAUUCCAAUCGUUAUCGGGAUUCUGAACUCCUUGAGCUGAAUUCUGGAUUCUAAAGCCAAGCAUUCCUGAGUCCACAGGCAAAAAUUUGGCAGAUUCCGGAAUCUGGAUUCCCUUACAAGGGGCGAAGUAUCACUUAUUGAGUCCAUUUUAUAAGAAUGAAUAUAAGGAUCUAGAAGUGUCAGAAUUGUUUCUUUUGAAACCAAAGAAAGCAUCAUAUAUGUUGUCUGGCCAUUAACAUAAAGAAAAUCUGCGUUCUUUGGUUCAGAGCUCUUAACUGUCUUCUGAAACUUUCUCACCAUGAGUUUCCAACGAGUUUUCCAAACGUCAGGGUGCAUUUUGUUUUGUUCAUUGUUUCUGUAGGAGAAUAUUGUUCUGGAAGUCACAAAUCAAGUGCCACAAGAAUCUUUCACCGCGGAAUUCUCAAACAGCAGCUCAGAUGUAGCCGUUCAAGUGAAGGAGAUGAACAAUGGAGAAUUAGUGAAUGAUAGCGGUGCGGAUCAGGAAUUUGGAGAAGGGGAACAAGAGCCUAACCAAACAAACAGGCAGAGAGAAUCACAAACAAUUGUAGAAAAUACUGAAAAUGAGGUACAAAAAGGGAUAGAAGGCAAAGAAGAGAAACCAAAGUGCUACAUCUGUGAGGAGAAUGAAGCUGAAGUGGCGUUUAAGCCCUGUGGCCACACUGUUGUAUGCACAGGUAACUAG